CGAUGACAGAAGUGAGGAACAACCAUUGGUCGGAAAACCACGGAAGCGUGGGAGGUUCCCGGAAAAGUCCCUCACCGGAAAGGAAGGCCAGGGUCCAAGAACGGAAAGAUAGGAGCUGCCGAUGUCAUCUCCGAAAGACGCCAAAGUAUCCUCUUGCUACUGAGGUGUCCUCUUCCCGCGGAUCAUUCCUCACCUGGACACUGUUUGGCCCUGCCUUAGGAAACCGCCACCUGCCUUGUGUGAGACUACCCUAAGUUGCCUGGACAUCCCCCCCCUCCUGUUCCACUAGAGAAACUUUCAACACAGCCCAAUGGCAGGGAGAGGAGGACCGGCACGGACCAACGGCACGGCAGCCAGCAACAAGAUCUGCCAGUUCAAGCUAGUGCUGUUGGGGGAAUCAGCAGUUGGAAAAUCCAGCUUGGUGCUGCGCUUCGUCAAAGGCCAGUUUCAUGAAUACCAGGAGAGCACAAUUGGAGCUGCCUUCCUCACACAGACGGUAUGCCUGGACGACACAACAGUGAAGUUUGAGAUCUGGGACACCGCAGGACAGGAGCGCUACCACAGCCUCGCCCCCAUGUACUACAGGGGCGCCCAGGCUGCCAUCGUGGUCUACGACAUCACCAAUACAGAUACGUUCACGCGUGCGAAGAACUGGGUAAAGGAGCUCCAGAGACAAGCCAGCCCCAAUAUCGUUAUUGCACUGUCAGGAAACAAGGCAGACCUGUCCAACAAAAGAGCAGUCGAUUUUCAGGAAGCACAAUCCUAUGCAGACGACAAUAGUUUGCUCUUCAUGGAGACGUCAGCCAAGACUGCAAUGAAUGUUAAUGAGAUCUUUAUGGCGAUAGCCAAGAAGCUCCCCAAGAGCGAGCCCCAGGGGGCCGCCGGCGCGGGCGGACGGGCCAGAGGCGGCGUGGACCUGCAGGAAGCCGCGCCACAGGGCCGCGCCAGCCAGUGCUGCGGUGGGGGGAACUAACUGACGUACUGGAACCCCAAAUCAGAUCGAUCGCUACGAACCCACCCACAGUAUCAAGCAACCAGUCUUCGAUAUCAACCAGCUGAGAAAAAGCGCAUCCCAUCGAUCCAAUCAAACCCAUGGUCAGACCCUUAAGCAACACAGACCCUUCAUUGUUUGGCCCGAACCCAGUGACCGUUUUCACCAAUGAAUCAACCAACAAACCAACUAAACAGAACAAUGCGCUUGUAUACCUCUAUAUAUAUGUGUGUGUCGAUGUAUGCAUACUGAAAAUCUAGACCAACAAGAGCGCCACAAUGAUGGAUACCUUGAAAUAACCAAGAGGAAAACUUAAAAAAAGGUCCCCAAGACGGAAGCGGGAUAUGAUCCGUUUUCCAUCGCACUUCGUCCAGCCCUCUGCUGCUCCCCUUUCUCUUGAUCAGUGGCUAGGUGAGAUUCGGCGCUAACAUGGCGUUUUUUUAAGCAGAGCGCCCAAGAGGCUUAUCAGCUCUCUCUCGCCCUGUCUCCUCCUAAUUCCAUCUCGACCAUGCACCAGUAAUCACCGCAGUAUUUUCAAUCAUGGUCCUGUGCCACUGUUAGAACUCAAACCCUCUUCUUUGUUUGGUCUGCAAAUGUGUCAACCGUCACUUUAUUUUUUCCUUCAUGGAUGCUGGUAGGCUGCUUGGAUAGGAUGGAGUCUGGGUUAGAAAAAAAACAAAACAAAAAAAAGAUGGAUAGGGGAAAGAUUAACUAGAUAGUGGCGUUGUAAAUUCACGCUUUCAUUGUCACUGUUUAUUACUUGACAGAUUAUCCGGUCUGAUUUGUGUUUUUGUUUGGUUUUAUAAAAAGGCCUAGACCAACCAAGAAUUGAUUAUCACGUCUUGAUAUCUGACCAUAAACAUUCAAUAUACCAUUAUUAACCAUAUCACAGGCAAGUCAUUUUUAGCAUUGUUGUACUGUGUUUGAAUCAUGAGUCAAAUGCAUAAAGCAAGACACGUUUCUUGACCAAAAUUGAAUUGUGUAUCAGAAACAUGUUGCUGUAUUUGUAUCUUUUGUCAAGUAUAUUACCAAUCAGUAGUUAUUGUCAAUACAAUAUCUUCCCACUCUGA